AUGAGUGGUUGCAGAACGAAUGUGGGGUUUCUUCUUAUUGUGUUAUGCCUGCACACACAGCCUGCCUAUAAACAGGUAGCAGCCCAAAAAAGCCAAAAGAACUUCACUGACCGACUGAAAAGGCUGGAUGACAAGUUUCAAAGAUUCAGAGAAGAGACCCUUCAUCGUCUUCGGGAUAUUGCCAUAAACUAUAAUCUCCCCCAUGAUAUGGACAGCCGUUUCCAGCUUUUGACAGACCAGUUCCAGAACAUCUCAAUUCUGUUGACUGAAUUCCAGGCGAGAGCAGCAAAUGACCUUGACAGCCUGAAAUACUGGACCAAGAAACUGCAGAGGAAGACCAAAAAACUGGACCAGAAAGUAACAGCUCUGGAAAUCACCCUGAAUGAGCAGAGGAAGCUGAGUGUAAAGGAAAGCAAAAAGCAGAGGUCUCUGUUGUUUAACCUCACGCAGCAGCUCCAGGACCACAGACGUUGGAUUGGAUCCAUCUCUGCACAUCGGAGUGAGCUGCAGGGAGGGUUUAGGGGGCUCCAGGAUGCCCUUAAAACACAGGUGGACAUUACAACUCGGCUGCAGGGGCAAGUAAAGACCCUGCUGAAAAAUAACACACUUUCUUCCAGAGUAUCAAUGAGUUCUGGAAAUUCUCUCACCUCCAACCAUACACCCCAGGAGCCUGCUCCAAGGAUCCAUGCAUCAGUCUUGGAGCAGAGCCCAAAGAGCCACCCAGCCAGGAAUAAAGUCCACAUCAAGCCUUCGAAGGGGGCUAGGCUGAAGAACAGAUUGCCAUUGCCCUUGCCUAGGCCCACCCAGGUGCUUGUGAGAACCCAGAACCGCCCCCAGAAAAAGCCUAAAUCUGAGCUGGAAGAGGAAUCAGAUGUACAUGACCUGGCCCAGCUUCCUGUUAGACACAGGAUUCCUCAGCAGCAGCAUGUACCAAGGAAAACAGGCACAAUUUGCAAUGUGAAGUCCAUGCUACACUUCCCCUCAUCCUCCAUUGAGAACUAUGUCACCUUCAAGAAGAGCUUCCUUACUGGGAUCCAUGAACUGUCUGUCUGCAUGUGGCUGAAGGUAGAAGUAGAUUAUGUCGGCACACUACUGUCCUAUGCAACACAGGAUAAUGACAACAAGCUUGUCCUGUAUGGCCGCUCCAGCAAACAGAUCAGUUUAGACUUUGUUAUUGGUGACCCGGCAUACCGGGAACUGCCCGUUGACAACAUCCUGGAUGGUGGAUGGCAUCACUUCUGUGUCAUCUGGUCCUCUAUCGAAGGCAGGUUCUGGUACUAUACUGACCGCCGCCUGACCUCCACUGGUUCAAAAUUCCAGAAGGGCUAUGAGAUCCCAGGUGGGGGUUCCAUUAUCCUUGGACAGGAGCAAGACUCCUUGGGAGGGGGCUUUGAUGAGGCCGAGGCCUUUGUUGGGAGGAUGGCAGGCUUUACUGUGUGGAACCGGAUGCUGAGUCCCGGUGAGGUAUCUGGGAUCGCAACAGGGAAAGGGCUUCCCAGGGGAGCAGUGCUUUCUCUGGAUGAUGUGGACCAGUGGAAUGGAUCAGUGCAACGUGUGAACUGUGGGUGCCUGGAACAGUGUAUGUAAACAUAUAUCACUUAGGCUGUCAUUUUGCAACCGGCAUUUCAAACUUUCAUCAAAGGCAGCAAAGUGAUCAUGAUUUUGGCUCAUGCGCAAUGUACCAUGAAUUAGAUUUAUUUAGAUGGCAAAAAAUCUGUGUUUUUACUGUUGCUUAUGUAUUCAAACAAACAUGAGCUGGAAAUAUUUUGGAUCUCAUCAUGAAAUGUUAAGCAUCAUUUGAUAUUAGGGUAAAAUGUCAGUUCAACUCUAGAGUAGUCAAUGCAUGAUUUUGUAUAGCAAGACUUUUUUGUAAAAGCUUUGCCACCUUGAUAGCCGAUUACAGUUCUCAUCCAGCUGCCAUUUUACAAAAGUUCAACCGGUGUAAAUGAAGGGCAACUAGUUCUGUGCACAGGCUUCAAAGAAAAGUACAAUUUUACAUGAUAGUUUAUGGUAGGUAAGCAAUAUGAGG